GCAAUGCUAUUGUCAACUUCCUAUAUAUGCGUGCGUAGAGAAGCAUAUGAGAGGAACCAAAUCAUAAGAUUAACGUUGUAGAGUGAAAAAAAUGGGUUCAGAAGCUAACAAUGGUGAUCAGAAUCAGAAUCAGCUCAAGUUUCUGAUCUACGGUCGAACCGGUUGGAUUGGCGGUUUAUUGGGCAAGCUCUGCGAUCAGCAAGGCAUCCCAUACGCCUACGGUGACGGGAGGCUGGAGAACCGGCCGUCGCUGGAGGCGGACAUAGCGGCGGUGAGUCCAACCCACGUGUUCAACGCGGCGGGAGUGACGGGUAGACCCAACGUGGACUGGUGCGAGAGUCACAAGGUUGAGACCAUUCGAACCAACGUGGUCGGAACUCUCACGUUGGCUGACGUGUGCCGCCAGAGAGGGUUGAUCCUCAUCAACUACGCCACCGGCUGCAUCUUUGAGUAUGAUUCUUCUCACCCUCUCGGCUCCGGCGUCGGUUUCAAGGAGGAAGACACUCCCAAUUUCAUUGGUUCCUUCUACUCCAAGACCAAGGCCAUGGUUCAUAUCAUUUCAUUAGUAGAGGAUCUAUUGAAGAACUACGAGAAUGUGUGUACCUUGCGAGUGAGGAUGCCAAUCUCCUCUGAUUUAACCAACCCUCGCAAUUUCAUCACCAAGAUCACUAGGUAUGAAAAGGUUGUCAACAUCCCCAAUUCGAUGACCAUAUUGGAUGAGCUUAUUCCCAUCUCCAUCGAGAUGGCCAAGAGGAAUCUCACUGGUAUCUGGAAUUUCACUAGCCCUGGUGUGGUCUCUCACAAUGAGAUUUUGGAAAUGUAUAGGGACUAUGUGGAUCCGAAUUUUACAUAUAAGAAUUUCACUCUUGAAGAACAAGCUAAGGUAAUUGUUGCUCCCAGAAGCAACAAUGAGCUUGAUGCGUCGAAAUUGAAGAAGGAAUUCCCUCAGCUCUUGUCCAUCAAGGAUUCCCUCAUCAAGUAUGUGUUCGACCCAAAUCACAAGGUUGUAGCUUGAACAAUUCUAUUGUUAAGUUACUUUUUUCAUUUUUAUACCUACUGCUGAAUUCAAUUUCUGGGAUCUGACCAUGGAUGUCAUUCUCCAUUCAUAUGUAUUGGUGCAGAUCUCUUAUUUUGGUCGAAUGUUAUAUUUGUAUUGACUACCAAAUGAAUAAUUAGUUGUGACCCUUAUAAAUAGUGCAUUCUUGCCUGCACUUAUAUAUGAUGUUCAUGGGAGAACUUGAUUUA